AUGAGGAAAGCUCGGUGCUCGUUUGAAGACUGCAAUUCAGCCAUUAUUGACGUGAAUGUCGAUGAUGUGAUACUUCUGCCGAGUUCGGUUUUGAGAGAUGCUAAGUUGAUGCAACUAAGUAAGAAACCAUCCGAAACACAGCAAACAAAUGAGUUUCUACUCGUGAACGAUGUAUGGGACUUUGAUAACAUUGGCGUCUCCAAGGAAGUUCCAGAGGGCUUCACUAACGAAGAGAACAUGAGAGAAGUUCAAUUCGAACACGGAGGAAGCUUUUGGCGCAUGGAUAAAUGCCUGAAGUACUUGAUAUGUUCUGAUUGCGACAAGGGGCCCAUUGGUUUCGGCUGCAGCUUGAGUAACCAGGCCCAAAGAGGCGCGCAAAACAAAGUUGUCUAUCUUCUAAGUCUAGAAAGUGUAAAAUAUGUAUGA